AUGGAUGCCCUGGAGGUCCCCCCUCUUACCCCCACCAGUAAGGAGGUCCUCAGCCAGGCGGUGAAGGCCAGUUUCGCUGGGUUCGCCCAGGAGAGAAUCAUCCAUCACUUCCCACAGGACCCCACCCUGUGGUCGCAGUGGGAGGUGAACUACUGGCUGGACUGGUGCCUGGCGGAGUUCGGGCUCCAGGGCCUGGUCUCAGACCUGCGGGGGCUGCAGGGGGGGGAGCUGUGCAGCCUGCAGAGAGAGGCCUUCCUGGGCCUGAUGACCGACUGCACCGCGGGGGAGAUCCUGUGGGAGCACCUGGAGACCAUGAGGAGAGAGAAUGAGUUUGACUUCAGUUCUUCACCCCCCACCUGCACAAUACCCUCUUACUGCCAGCUUCCAAUCAACAAAGGUAAUAAUGACAUAGAGUCAGUGACAGAGGAGACCAUGCAUCACGACAUCUUCACCUUACCCUACCCACACAGGAGCUUCAAAGAAUAUAUAGGCAGCAAACCGGAUCUGAGCCGAACGGUGAUCCCAGCAGCUGUCCUGGCUGGGUACACUGGAAGUGGUCCCAUUCAGCUGUGGCAGUUCCUGCUGGAGCUCCUGACAGACCGCAGCUGUCAGGCCUGUAUCAGCUGGACAGGAGACGGCUGGGAGUUCAAGCUGACGGACCCCGAUGAGGUGGCCCUGCUGUGGGGUCAGAGGAAGAACAAACCCAAGAUGAACUAUGAGAAGCUCAGUCGAGGUCUGCGGUACUACUACGACAAGAACAUCAUCCGCAAGACGGCAGGCAAACGCUACGUGUACCGCUUCGUGUGCAACCUGCAAGGCCUGCUGGGAUAUGACCCUGGGGAGCUGCACGCCAUGUUGGACAUUAGUAACAAGAAUCAGUAA